CAGUGAUCGUAUCUCUUUGGCUUCAACUCCCCAAGACGUCACAUUCCAGUGUGGGAAGACCACAGGUACGAGGCUGAAAGGGAUGAAUAAGAGAGACCGGUGUGAGCGAAGGAGGAGAAGGAAAAGACAGUGCAAGUAAACAAAAACAAACCGAUGAGGAGAUUAUGGGGAUCGGACACUACUGGCUACUGCUUCUGCUGGUCGACUGCCACCAACGGAUUACAGGAGCCAUGAGUAGCAUCAGUCCGUACAUAAAGCAUUAUGAGGGCUUGUCAUACGACAGGGAGGAUCUUCACAGGAAGCACCUGAGAGCCAGGAGAGCCUCACACCCUCAGGAACACACACUACAGCUGGACAUUUCUGCUUUCAACAGAACUUUCCGUCUGCUUUUGAAACACAAUGCAGAAGCUUUUACCGAAAAUGUAAUGGUGUUCAGGAAAAGUGGUUCCGCUCCGGCUGACCUCUCCCACUUAUACUCAGGAAAACUCGAGGGAGAAAGUGGUUCAGCCUGCCAUGGCUCGGUGUUACAGGGUCAGUUUGAGGGAACCAUCCACACAGACAACGGCACCUAUCACAUAGAGCCAAUCCAGAGAUACACCAGCAACCACACAGACCACCACUCUGUAAUCUACCGCGAGGACGACAUGGUCCUUCCUUCCAUGAGAACGGACGCUGAUGGAUUCUGUGGAGCAGAUCAUCUGAACGCCCUCGCCCAAAGACUCAGAACCGACGAGAAAGCGCCGGUGAGCCGGUCGAGGAGAAAAGUGGAUGAGUCAAAGACCAGCUGCUUGAUCCACCUUCACGCUGAUCACCUUUACUACAAGAAGUUCACGUCUGUUGAUGCUGUCGUGGCUCAGGUUGCGUCCUACAUCCGUGCUGUGAAUGACAUCUAUGACAAGGUGGACUUUGAUGGAAUCAAGCUGAUCAACUUCAAAGUGAAAUCCCUCAAAAUAAUGGUGGAGGAGGACAAAGACGAUCCUCUGGACCGUCGGUUCAUCGGGCCUGAGAAACUGCUGAGUCUUUUCUCUGAGAACAACUGGGGCAACUUCUGUCUGUCCUACCUGCUCACCAACAGAGACUACAGCGGAGUGCUAGGGCUCGCCUGGGAGGGCAAAGCUGGUAACUGGGGAGGAAUAUGUUCACGGCAGACAAAACUUCGGAACGGCAAGACCUCCACCCUGAACACCGGUUUGGUCACGAUUCAGAACUACGGACUGUUUCAGCCUCCACGCCACAUCCAGCUGACCUUCGCCCAUGAGCUCGGACACAGUCUUGGAUCUCAGCACGAUAAAGACUCAAACUGCGGUAACCUCGGCUCCAGCGGCGGUAAAGGCCGGUACCUGAUGUUCCCUCAGGCCACAGACGAGGUGCGUGAAAACAACGACAAGUUCUCGCCCUGCAGCAUCAAGCACAUCUCCGAGUUCCUGAAGCUGAAGAAGGACGACUGCUUCGUGGUCAGUGAUCAGCCCAUCUGUGGAAACCAGAUUGUGGAGGAAGGCGAGGAGUGUGAUGUCGGUCACAACGACGCAGACCUCUGCUGCUUCAGCGCCAAACAGCCUGCAGGAGUCCAGUGUCACCUGAAGCCCGAGAAAGUCUGCAGUCCGAGUCAGGGCCUGUGCUGUGGUCAGGACUGUGUGUUGAAGCCAGCGGGGCAGACCUGUGACGAUGAGACGGACUGUCAGAAAGAGGCUAUGUGUUCAGGCCUCACCCCGUUCUGCCCCGAGCCCAGCGCCAAGGAAAACCUCACCGUCUGCAGCGAGGGCACACGAGUUUGUAUGAACGGGGUCUGUGCCGAGUCAGUGUGUGUGAGGCACAGCCUGCAGCAGUGUGACUGUCCAGGAGACUCCAUGAGGGAGAAAUGCCACAUGUGCUGCCAGCAGCCCGAUAAGCCUGAGACCUGUGCGAGCACCACCUCCUCCGUGCUGUCCCGUCACUUCCAGAAGAAGGCGCUGGCGUUGGUCAGCGGGGCUCCGUGCUCAGAGAAUCGAGGAUACUGUGACAAAUUCCACGUGUGUCGACUGCUUGAUGCAGACGGGCCCAUCGCAAGACUGAAAAACUCCUUUAUCAAUUUAGAUGACUUCGAUGAUAUAGCAGAGUGGAUGAAGGCUCACUGGUGGGCCAUCCUGCUGGGUAUCCUGACCCUGUCCGCAGCGAUGGGCCUCACCAUCUGCAUCUGCGGCCGUAAGCUGAACACCAGGGACUUGAGUGACCUCUGACCUCUGAUCCCUCUGGGAAUGUGAAUAUGCAUCUUCAUGACGAUGCACAAAUUCAUCAUGCUCAAUCAUCAGGGACUUUUAAGGGUCACAGUCACAUUGAAAGACUUCAACUUUGCUCCACAAGCAGGGAGUGAUCUGCAGGUGACCUGUGGCAAAGAAUACACCUCCUCAUCACCCCUCGUGCUGUUUUGUUAACUGAUACCUUAGUGACGUCAUUAGGUGUCAGGCACUUUUCCAUGUGUCACUUGCCUGCUCAUAUAUCCACAAGUCUCCAGUGAUGGAUGUGUCUUGGAACAUGUCCCUGUUGCUGCCCACUGUCGGUCAGUCAACCCCCAUUUACAGCCACAUGGCAUCAUGCAGCCACAGCAGUCUAAAGACACGUGUCCCAGCAAAGGCUGAUGGGACUCUCCGCUGCUCGGCCCUGCAGCGUCCUUCAUGUUGUAUUUGUUGUGCUAAUUUCAGCUUUCCAUUACAGUGAAACCUUUGGCCUGAAUGCUUUCAUUUGCAUUGCUUGUCUACACAGCUAUUAAAGGUAAUAAAAAACCA